AUGGACUGCCGCCUCUUUUCCCUGGCCCACCAAAGAUACGACCUGUACAUACCACCGCUCUCUGCUAGUUCACUCGACAUUCCCCACUCGGCGCCCUCCCCACGCACAGCCGUUCGCUGCCCACGGCCUCGAGAGGGCACACGCCUUCCUCAGCAGCCUCUCCCCUCCCUCCUCUCUCCUCCCCCAAAGACUCUUGUCCUUGACCACUGCCCUUUCUCUCUCUCCCUUGCAGAGGAGAACGACGUGGCCAACCCGCCGCCCGCCUACGAUACGUCCGGACGGCUGCCCGAUAAUGUCACGGCCAAGCACAUGCACUGCCUGCCUGUCCGUCGCUCCGGUCGAAUGAUCCAGAGCCUCCCUGUCUCGCUUGUACCAUUGGCAAGAUUCCGACGCACGCUAUGGGUGACACCUUGA